AUGCGCCCACCACGACUCCUCGCCGCCGCCUCCUCACUGUUCCCACGGCGCAGCCUUAACACCGCCGCCGCCGCCGCUGCCACCUCCACCGCGGCACCUUCCUCUCCGGCCCCGCCGCCGCAGAGCGCCGCCCAGCCCCUCUCCACACAAUUCGCCAGACCAUCUGCCGCCCGUGGCCACGGCGUCGCCGAUGACCUCGCUUCCACACUCCGCGCACUCCUCGCCUCAUCGCCCGACGGUCCGCACGCCUUCCAUCUGCUCCGUUCCGCCGCGCUGCAUACGCGCCUCCCGCCGAACGAGCUCGUCGACGCCGUCCUCUCCGCCGCGGACGCUGGCUCGCCGGCCGCGGUCACGCUCCUCAGCCACGUCCUCACUUGCCUCUCCCGCGCCGCCCGCGACUGCGCGGCCGCCGCGGCCGCAUACUCUCGCAUGGUCACGAGGGGCGUUGUCCCGGACGCCAAGUCCCGCACCGACCUGCUCGUCGCCACGGCACGGGGCGCAUCGGCUGCUGAUGCGCUCACGCUGUUCGACGAGAUGCGGUGCAAGGGGUACUACGCGGAUGCUAAGAUGUACGACGUCGUGAUGCGGGCCUGCGUCGGGGGAGGGAUGCACGGUGACGCCGUCAGGCUGUUCGAUGAAAUGGCCGGUGCCGGGGUCAAGCCCGACGAGCGCGUUUAUGCCAUCACAAUCACAGGUUUGUGCAAGCUACGCGAUGCAGACCGAGCAGUCCAGGUGCUGGGGAAGAUGAUGGAGGCAGGGCUCAAGCCCCGGGAUUUUACGUACAAUUCUGUGGUGGGUGUGCUUGUGAAGGUGGGGAGGAUGGAUGAGGCAUUGCGGCUGAAGGAUCAGAUGCUGCUGGCCACGGGGAAGAAGAUGGAUGUGAUUCUCGCGACGACGUUGAUGCACGGAUAUUGCUUGCAUGGAGAAAUUGGGAAAGCAUUAGAUUUGUUUGAUGAGGCUGUCAGGGAUGGUGUGACACCGACCAAUGUGACAUAUGGGGUCCUUAUCAAAGGUUGUGAUGCAGAGGGGAUGACAGAUGAGACAUAUAAGCUAUGCCACCAGAUGAUAGAGCAGGGAUUGUUGCCGAGCACAUAUGAGUUCAAUUUGGUGAUCAAAGGCCUCCUAAGAGACAAACAGUGGAAGGAUGCCAUUGCCUUGUUUGAUCUUGUGGUUGAUACUGGGGUACCGGAUGUCUUCACAUACGGUUGUUUAAUUCAUUGGCUCAGUAAUCAUCACAAACUCCACGAGGCAGUCAACUUAUGGGAUAAGAUGAAGGAAGCAGGAGUCAAACCUUCUAUUGUGACAUACCACAGUCUGCUGCUGGGGUACUGUGAGAAGGGGUGCAUGGAUGAAGCACUCAAGUUAUACUCUGAGAUGCCUGGUAAAGGAUACCCACCUAAUGAGGUCACUUACACAACUCUGAUGAAAGGGUACAUCAAGAAGAAAGCUUUUGACAAGGCCUAUGCCCUUCUUAAUGAAAUGCAUCAGAAUGGAGUUUCUUGCGGUGAGUAUACAUAUAACAUUCUAAUUAAUGGACUUUGCAUGGUCGAUUGUGUUUGUGAAGUUGAUGAAAUGUUGAAGAGAUUUUUAAGUGAAGGUUUUGUUCCAACCACAAUGACAUACAAUAGUAUCAUUAAUGGAUUUGUGAAAGCUGGUAUGAUGGGCUCUGCAUUGGCUAUGUAUCGGCAGAUGUGUGAGAAAGGUAUAACCCCCAAUAUAGUAACAUAUACCAGUUUUAUAGAUGGUUACUGUAGGACCAACUGCUGUGAUCUCGCAGUGAAGCUGCUCAUUUACAUGAGGUGCAAUGGCAUUCAACCUGACAUUGCUGCAUACAAUGCUUUCAUAAAUAUGUUUUGCAAACAGGGGAAUAUGUCUCAUGCACUCCAUUUUUUGGUUCUUCUGUUAAAAGAUGGUUUAAAACUAGAUGUCACUGUCUACAAUAGUUUUGUUACAGGGUACAAGAAUUUGAAAAUGAUGGCAGAAGCUUCGAAGUUCUAUUAUAGCAUGAUCAAACAAAGAAUUGUUGCUGAUACAGAAAUCUAUACAACCUUAAUUGAUGGGUUCUCAAAAGUUGGCAAUGUGGCCUUUGCUUUGGAACUGUACUCAGAGAUGUUGGCCAAUCACAAUAUUCCUGAUGAUAAAACUUUCACAGCGCUAACCCAUGGUCUUUGCCGAAGUGGAGACAUUGAUGGUGCUAAGAGGUUAUUGGACGAUAUGAGAAGAUUAGAUGUGUGUCCAAAUACUGUUACUUAUAACAUGCUGAUAAAUGCACACAUCCGUGAUGGUAAGCUGCAAGAGGCAUUCCAAUUGCAUGAUAAGAUGCUGAGCAGUGGAGUCAUGCCUGAUGAUACUACAUAUAAUAUACUCCCUCCGACUAAUAGUUGA